AUUUUACAAGUUCGUGGGAUAUGAGUAAGUUCCUGAACAUUCAGUGCCGGCUGAGCAGGCUCAAAUAUCCUCCUUUUGCUAAAAAGUGGAUCAAUAUUCGAAAGUCAUAUGGAAACUUUUACAAGAUACUUGGGUUCUUCCACCUUUUGGCCGUUGUAAAUACUGCUCCAGUGAAUGUGGAUGUGCAAAUAACUGAGUCCCUGCUUUCAGUUCUGUGGGUAUAUACCCAGAAGUGGAAUUGGAUCAUACGGUUCCUAGAAGCCAAACCAAAUUGACAAUAAUGCUUGAAAAGCUAGGAAUGGAUUAUGAUGGGCGGCCUCACAGCG